UCGUCUGCGUUUGUCGUGUGGAAUUUGUCAUUUCUGAAGUAGUGAUGUACAUAGAAUUUUUGUUGGAUGAAAUUGUUCAACGCUGGGGUUUUUGUAUUUGCAAUUUCUGUGUAUAGUUCGUUUGAUUUUUGAUUAGUUCUGAAGGUUCGAGUAGCGGGAGUGGUGUUGUGUAGUGUGUAGUGAGCGGUAACAGAAUGGUUACGACUUGAAAAUCGUGUUUUCUUGAAAAAUGAAUCUGCAGUGACCAAAAAAAUUAAAAUCCUUGUGAUAUUUUCUAAAAUAUGUGUACAGUUCAUAGUUAGCCAAAAUGUUUCGUUGUAUACCUAUCUUUAAAGGCUGUAAUAGACAAGUCGAGAGUGUUGAUAAAAGACAUUGCUCGCUACCUAAUGUUCCAGAGGAUAUUUUACGUUAUUCAAGAAGCUUGGAGGAGCUUUUAUUAGAUGCUAAUCAUAUACGUGACCUUCCGAAGAAUUUCUUUCGUCUCCAUAGGCUGAGAAAACUAGGACUGAGUGAUAAUGAAAUUAACAAUUUACCGCCCGAUAUACAGAAUUUCGAGAAUCUUGUUGAAUUGGAUGUCUCUAGAAACGACAUCCAGGACAUCCCCGAGAGCAUCGGGGCCCUCAGGGCGCUCCAAAUGGCCGACUUCAGUUCGAAUCCCAUCGCCAGGCUGCCGCCCGCCUUCAGCCAGCUGAAAUCGCUCAGCGUCCUGGGCCUGAACGACAUGUCGCUGACCUCGUUACCGUCGGAUUUCGGCACUCUGACCUCCCUGACGUCGUUAGAGCUGAGGGAGAACCUCCUGAAGGAGCUGCCGGCCUCCAUCAGCGAACUGUCGAAGCUCGAGAGGCUGGAUUUGGGCGACAACGAGAUCGAGUCAUUGCCGGUUCACAUAGGCAAACUACCCGCCCUAACGGAGCUCUGGUUGGACCACAACCAGCUGCAGAAGCUACCGCCCGAGAUCGGCCAGCUGCGCAACCUGGCCUUCUUGGACCUGUCCGAGAACCGCCUCGAGUACCUGCCCGAGGAGAUAGCCGGCCUGGAGAGCCUGACCGAUCUCCAUCUCUCCCAGAACGCGAUCGAAUCCCUACCCGAAGGCAUCGGGAAGCUGGAGAAGCUGACCAUACUGAAGGUGGACCAGAACAGGCUGACCACCCUGAACGCUAACAUCGGAAGGUGCCGCAACCUUCAGGAACUGAUACUGACCGAGAACUACCUGUCGGAGCUGCCUAAGGAGAUAGGCAACCUGGUCAAAUUGACGAAUUUGAACGCGGACAAGAACGCCCUGAUGGGUAUUCCUGAAGAGAUCGGCAAUUUGAAGGAACUGGGCGUACUGAGUCUGCGCGACAACAGACUGGUGCUCCUACCGGACACGAUAGGCGAUUGCAGGCGGCUGCGCGUCCUUGACGUGUCCGGCAACAGACUACCUCACCUACCGUACAAGCUCCUUCAGCUCAGCCUGAAGGCGGUUUGGCUCAGCGAGAACCAAUCUCAGCCCCUCCUAACCUUCCAGACUGACACCGAUCCAGAUACGGGGGCCACUGUGCUGACCUGCUUCAUGCUCCCGCAGCAGGAGUACCAACCGACCAUAGCUUCUUCCGAUGGCCGCUUGUAUCGCUGCAACUACUCGUCCGGGCUGUCUAACGGCACCUUAACCGUUGCCACAGAUGGGGGCAACUACACCGAGGACGACGACGAGGACUGGGAGGAGAAGGAGGCGAGCAGGACGCACUCCGUCAAGUUCACCGAUCCGCAGGAGCAGGACAACAGAGAGACGCAGUUCGUCCGCCAGAACACCCCGCACCCUAGGGAACUCAAGGCCAAAGCUCACAAGCUCUUCAGCAAGGGCCAGAACAGCCUAGACGACAGCGACUUGCACAACACCACCAACAGCUCCGUCGCCGACGUCUUGAACACCACCGAGACGGUGGAGACGCCGGUCUUCGCCAAUUUGCCCGUGGUCGCUCCCCAGACCGAGCCGGAAACGGUGAUCAUCGGAAACGGCGAUGCGAUCGCUGGUAGCAACGAGCCCAGCGCCGAGGAAGACACCGAAGAUGAAGAAUCACAGAGGCACGUCGGUUUCACCGAGGGUGCUGCAUCAGUGGACGCCGACGCACGCCCGAGCCGUUUGCACCGUCGCGACACCCCCCACCACCUCAAGAAUAAACGGAUCAACGUGGCACCAAUUGACAAAGACAAGGUGGCUUCGAUCAUAGCGCAGGCUAUGAAGCACCGUAAGGAUGAUGAUGGAAGCACUGACAGAUUGAGCGUUUCCACUCCGCCUGGUAGCAUUGGCGAACGCAGUUAUAGCAGCAGUCAAGCUGGAGAUUCGGACGUGGCAGUGGAGCUCCGCGAAGAAAAAUACGAGAUACAUAUCGAACGUUCCCACGCCGGCCUAGGGCUCUCCAUAGCCGGCGGCAAAGGCUCUACGCCCUUCAAGGGCGAAGACGAGGGCAUCUUCAUAUCCAGGGUGACCGAGGGCGGUCCUGCGGACCUGGCCGGUCUCAAGGUCGGCGACAAGGUGCUGACAGUCAACGGGGUCUCCGUCCUAGACGUCAGUCACUACGACGCCGUCGAGGUCCUCAAGGCCUCCGGAAACGUCCUGAUCCUCGAGGUCAUAAGGGAAGUCACCCGAUUGGUCAAGGAGAUCAAGUACCGCAGCGAUCCCGUCAGUCUGAACGCGACCCAAAAGAGCGAGGUCAAGAAGGCGCCACCGUCGCCCCUGCCGCCCAUAGAAGACGAUAAAGUCCUCCAGAGGGUGCUGAUCAACACCACCCUCAUACGAGAUUCGAGGGGGUUGGGUUUCAGCAUAGCUGGAGGCAAGGGUUCGCAGCCCUUCAAGCUGGACUCGGACGCCAUCUUCAUCUCGAGGAUAACGGAAGGUGGCGUCGCGCAUAAGGACGGCAAACUGGCCAUCGGCGACAAGGUGGUGUCGAUCAACGGGGUGGACCUGACGGGCGCCACCCACGAUCAGGCUGUCGCCAUGCUAACCGGCCUCGAACGUUUCGUACGGCUUGUGGUGGAGAGGGAGGUGGCCGUGAGCAAGAACAGCCCGCAGGCCUCGCCGGGUCCGCAACACAGCCCUAGGUUGUUCGGUCUGCCGAAACCUUACACGGGUCUGUAUUCCGCCAAUAGUUACAUGGCCAACAGGCCCGGUUACGCUGGAUACCGGAGGAGCUACGAGGGAGAGAGAAGGACUCCCGAAUCCUCUCCAAAACCAGAAGUAACGAAAACCAACGGAAUCGACGCCUCCAGACCGAAGACGCCGGUCGUCGGCGACCAUCCCAAGCCGGCGCCCAGACGUCUAACCCAGAACGAGACCCAGUCGCCAGCGUCGCCGCCGCUGACGCCCGCAGCUACGAACCAGCCAAAACACGUUCCUCACCAACAACCACCGGCGAACCACGUGCACCCCGACGACGUCCCGCAGGCCAAUCACAAAAAGGCCACGCCCACAUCCUCCCUGGAGGGGGAUGACGUACAGGUACUGCCGAGGCCUAUCACGAACGAGGAGUUCCAAGCCAUGAUUCCCGAUCAUUUCCUUAAAAAAAAUCCCUCCGUCAAUGUCGUAACGCAUCCCGAAACGGUCGGACAGACCGUCACGGUCACGGUCAAACGGCCAGACCCCAUUGAGCUCCCUCCAGCCCCCACGGGGCCGGGCAGGGUUACCGAAACCAUCACGAAGAGCACUUUCACGGAAACGACCGUUACUCGCAUCACUGAUAACAAACUGGCAGUCCCGCUGAUCGUCGAGGAUGUAAUAUUGAGCAAGGCGGAAGGAUCAUUGGGUUUCAGUAUUAUCGGUGGAACAGACCAUUCCAGUAUUCCUUUUGGUGCUAAAGAACCUGGUAUAUUCAUAUCACACAUGGUACCGGGAGGCACCGCAGCAAACUCUGGUAAACUCAGGGUAGGUGAUAGAAUUCUGAAAGUCAACGGUACGGAUGUUACCCAUGCAACACAUCAAGAGGCUGUGAUGGAGCUUCUGAGACCUGGAGACACGAUCACUUUGACAGUACGUCAUGACCCUCUUCCUGAAGGAUAUCAAGAAUUGAUAUUGGAGAAAGGCGAUACCGAGAAACUGGGAAUGCAUAUCAAGGGAGGCCUUCACGGGCAGAGAGGCAAUCCACUGGAUAGGUCGGACGAAGGCGUCUUCAUCUCCAAGAUAAAUUCCGUUGGCGCAGCCAGAAGGGACGGAAGGCUGAAGACGGGCAUGAGGCUGAUCGAGGUUAACGGCAGAAGCUUACUGGGAGCCACCCACCAGGAGGCCGUGCAUGCCCUAAGGUCUUGCGGUAACCGCAUAAGGUUGCUGGUCUGCAAAGGUUACGAGAGGGCCGACGUCGACAGAGCCGUCGCCGAAGGAAGACUGACUAGGGGAGGAUCUGUUAGUAGCAGAUCGCAAAGCGUUAGUUCUUUGGACAUACCGGAUGAAGACGUCCAACAGGAGCAUCGUAUGAAGUCGGAGCUCGUGCAGUUCGAGAAAGAAGAGGCGGAGCACCGUCUACGUCUUCCCAGUACGUCCGAGGAGGAUUUGUCGCUGAUUGAACAUAAGGCCGCGUCUCCGGCGGACAAGGUGUUAGAUGUAGUCCGUGCGGUAGAAACGUUGGCCCAUCAGGGACCAGUCGAGAAUUCUGUUCCUCCGAAAUCGCCAGUGAACUCGGCGGAACUAAAGACCACCACUAUAGUGAUGAGCAAGCACACCCUGGCCCCACAAACUACCACUGAAUCACAACCCAACGGCUUUGUGGCUGGGGGGAUUGAAGAAGAGGUAACCUCAAAAGAGGAGAUUUCAGAUGUUAAAAGACACUCCAAACCAAUUCCUCCCCCAAAACCUAAACCAUACUCCCCCCGCGCUAUGUCCAUUAAUGGGAAUCAAAUUGAAAGCUCGGAACCUGCCAAAUCAGAUGAAACUUCAACCAGGACCAUCAUCAAAGGGUCGGAAAAGAUAAGCCAACUAAGUGAAAUUACUAAAUCGAAAUCGAUUGACGACCUCAUAUUACCACCGCCUCCAGAUUACUUUUUUUCAAGCGAUUCUGAUCAGAACGCGUCGAAAGAUAGUUUAUCCUUUGUUCCUGGUGAUGAGGUAUGUUUGAAACGGCAGGGCUUCAAAGUUUCCGAAGGUUCUGUCGCUAAGAGUAUCGAUUCUUUGGAUAGACGCGACGUACCAACUUCUCAUCAGUACGAGAUUAAUAUUUAUAACACGUUGCCGCCAGCUAACCAACAACACAUUCCCCAGUUUGCCAGUUAUCAAUACCCCCAAGGGAUUGAUUACAUGCAUCAUAUUCCGACCUACACUAACAACUUAACGUUUCCGUAUAGAAAUCCCAAUAUCGUUGGAUUGCCUGAAGAUCCGAACAUCCGGAGAACUUACGAGAGGAAAUUCAGCUCGAAUCCAUUCAUUAAUCAGUCGUACAACAGUAACCCUUUCCUAUUCGACGAAGAUCAAUAUUAUGAACGAGACGCUAAUGGCAAUUACCAAACAGAAAAUUUUUUUAGCGAUCCUCCACUAAUCUCCUUCACUUCACCAUUGAAUGACGGUUUCGUCCAAAAGCAUGUCGAUACCAACAUGAUGGAUCAAAGUAAAACGCCGGAGAAAAAUGCUUAUAAAGGAAACGGAAGUGACUCACCCCCACCCCUACCGAAAACUGCCCCACCUUUCGAAAUAAUCGGUAGUUCAAAUGCACCAACGAAAAUCCCUCCUCCCUUACCAACCAGUCCCCCUCCACUGCAUAGAAUGAAUCAACCAAAAUUUCCUCUUAGAAGAAGUGCAAUGAAGGGAUCUCAGAGCCAGGACCAAUUAGAAGUUGUUGAAACGGGGAUUAAUAUCCCAGAAGACCAAUCAAAAAAACGCCCUAAAUCGUUGAUAUUCAAUAAAAAGUAUGACAUAUUUGAAACCUCAACAAAGGUAUGUCGGUACCGUUUUUUACCUGUGUGUGACGUCUUAGAUUGUAAAAUAAUUGUUGCUUUAUAUAACUCUGUUUUUUCGCAAAACUGUGAGUAUUCAGCUACAGUGGCGUAGUUGAUAAUUACGAUGGCAAAUUGGCUAGUUCGAUUCACACCCAUAUUCAUAUCAGCGCGUGAUAUGUGUCUAAAUUAUCUCCAAUUGUUUUUUUUUUGCUUCAAUAACAACCGACCUUUUUCAAGCA